UUGCAGGGAUCAGUCUGGGUGUUGUGGUCAGAGAGUACGCGUCCCUGUCGCAUCUCUACAAGCAGUACUUUGGCUUCCCCGGAGAGAUCCUGAUGCGAAUGCUGAAGCUGGUCAUUCUUCCUCUGAUCAUUUCAAGCAUGAUAACAGGUGUUGCAGCCUUAGACUCCGAGGUGUCAGGAAAGAUCGGUCUGCGAGCCGUCGUUUAUUACUUCUCAACAACUAUCAUUGCAGUUGUUCUCGGAAUUAUUCUAGUGAUGACUAUCAAACCGGGCGUGUCUCAGACAGCGGAGCACAUCGACAGAGCUGGGACUCCUCCUGAUGUCACUACAGUCGACACACUGUUGGACCUGCUCAGAAACAUGUUUCCUGAAAAUCUGGUGCAGGCUUGUUUUCAGCAGUACAAAACAAAACGCAAAGAAGUGGAGCCUGAGAAGCUUUCAGUGAACAGCAGCACAGUGCCCCCUCUCACGACCACCAUCAUGGCUGUGAUGGAGAACAUCACAAAGGACUACACAAUCGUCGGCACGUAUUCCGAUGGAGUCAAUGUGUUGGGCCUUAUCGUGUUCUGCGUUGCGUUCGGCCUCGUCAUUGGGAAGAUGGGAGAAAAGGGUCGAAUCCUGCUGGACUUUUUUGAUGCCUUAAAUGAAGCAACAAUGAAACUGGUCCAGAUAAUUAUGUGCUACAUGCCUGUAGGGAUCCUGUUCCUUAUUGCUGCAAAGAUCAUCGAGGUAGAAGACUGGGAGAUCUUCAGGAAGAUGGGUCUUUAUAUGGUGACGGUGCUGAGCGGUCUAGCUAUCCACGCCACCGUCUGUCUGCCCCUCAUCUUCUUCGUCAUUGUGAGGAAGAAUCCGUAUACGUUCACUCUAGGAAUGGCUCAGGCCCUGGUGACAGCACUUAUGAUCUCCUCCAGCUCGGCAACCCUGCCUGUCACCUUUCGAUGUGCUGAGGAGAACAACUGCAUCGACAAGAGGAUCACCCGCUUUGUGCUCCCAGUCGGCGCCACCAUUAACAUGGACGGCACGGCGCUGUACGAGGCAGUGGCUGCUAUCUUCAUCGCCCAGCUGAAUGAUUAUGCUCUGGAUGUAGGCCAGAUUGUUACCAUCAGUAUAACAGCCACAGUUGCCAGCAUUGGAGCAGCAGGAGUGCCUAACGCUGGGCUUGUCACCAUGGUGAUAGUUUUAACAGCUGUUGGCUUACCUGCAAGUGAUGUCACUCUGAUAGUUGCAGUCGAUUGGCUACUGGAUCGCUUCCGCACUAUGAUCAACGUCCUUGGCGACGCGUACGGAGCCGGCAUUGUUCAGAAACUCUCCAAGAGGGAGCUAGAACGGAUGGACCUGACAUCAGACAUGGAUGUCGCCAACCCUUUCGCCCUGGAAGCCACUUUGGAUGACGAAGAGUGUGAGAAGAAGUCCUACGUGAACGGAGGCUUCACGGUUGACAAGACGGAUGCGAUCUCCUUCACGGAGACGUCCCAGUUUUAGCCUGUGGCUGGUUCAGUCGUGAGAGGAACGUGCACGGAGAGAAGCUAUCCAUCCGGACCCAUCCCAGGACCGACGUUAGCAAUAGCAGCCUUCAUUAAGCUAACCGAAGAUUGCCACCCUUCAAGCUGGGCAUUUCCAACUACGACUAGAUUAAAGUGCUUCCUUCAUUAUCUCAGAUCACGCCAUGAUUCAAAAAGUCUGUUUUCUCAAUAAGAGUUUUUCUUUUCUCGCAAAGAUGAACUCAAACGAAGAGCUUUUUGCUAGUGUGUGUGUGUGUGUGUGCGUGUGCGUGCAUCUUUUAAGGUGAGCCUGAUGACUUUUGCAAAAACACAGUAUCACGUAAACACUGCUUCAUGAAUAAAAACUAACUGUACUUCCUGUGUGGACACUAAUCCUCAGAAACUCUUUUCCUUUGCAUGGCUCUGUUGAGUGUAUGUCCCAUGAUGCAGUGCUUGUAUAUCUAUCUGUAUCUUUAAACUGUGCCAAACUUGUUUUUCACCAAGCUGCAUGAAGCUAAAUGUCUAAGCUGGUUACUGGUUUCCUGUGUGGGCCUUGCAGAGACAAAGUCAGUGGACACUGUGGAAUUUGAGAACAUUUUUUCUAACAUUUCCUGUCACGUUGCAAAAUAAGAAUGAAUAAUCAUGUAUGUAUUCAGUCAGUGUGGGGAAACAUAUGGACCCCGAAAUAAACAGCUACUACAACACGA